UGAGAAAAUCAAAAUGGGGAGGCAGAGGCAGUGUAAAGGAACGUCCUUUGCUGAUCGCCAAGGGGUCAUCCUCACUCGCAUGAUCCCACCAAAAGCCCUAUAAGAAACCCUAACGUAGUCACUUCCUCUGCUGAAUCGAAUCUUUCGAGCUUCCCCAUCGCAUCGUCAUGGCUCAUUUGGCCGUCUCUCAGGUUUCUGUAACUGUUCCGGUUGGUGGCGAGUCGUCUCUUCGAAGAUCCGUGUUUCAGAGACACAUUAUCAGCUUUCAUGAGAAAUCAUGGGCACCUAUAUUGGCUUUGGAUUUAAAAACCAAGAAUGUGCGUUUGAAAAAUCGUUAUGUAGUAUGCAUGUCAGUGCAACAAGCUAGCAUACCAAAGGUUGCAGUUUCACCUUUAGAACUUGAAGAUGCCAAAGGGCCCCCACUAAAUUUAUACAAGCCCAAGGAACCUUAUACAGCUACCAUAGUUUCUGUUGAAAGGAUUGUGGGCCCAAAAGCACCAGGAGAGACAUGUCAUAUUGUGAUUGAUCACGGUGGCAUUGUUCCCUAUUGGGAAGGACAGAGUUAUGGUGUAAUUCCUCCUGGUGAAAACCCAAAAAAACCAGGAGCUCCCCACAAUGUUCGGCUUUAUUCAAUUGCAUCCACCAGGUAUGGAGACUUUUUUGAUGGGAAGACAACCACCCUGUGUGUUCGCCGUGCUGUCUAUUAUGACCCUGUGACUGGAAAAGAGGAUCCUUCAAAAAAUGGUGUGUGCAGCAAUUAUCUUUGUGAUUCAAAGCCUGGAGACAAAAUCAAGAUCACUGGUCCCUCUGGUAAGAUUAUGCUUUUGCCAGAAGACGACCCAAAUGCUACUCACAUAAUGAUUGCUACUGGUACUGGAGUGGCUCCAUAUAGAGGUUACCUCCGCCGCAUGUUUAUGGAGGAUGUCCCUUCAUUCAGGUUUGGUGGUCUAGCUUGGCUGUUCCUUGGGGUGGCCAAUACUGACAGUCUCCUCUAUGACAAUGAGUUCACCAAGUAUCUUAAGGACUACCCAGAUCAGUUUAGAUAUGACAAGGCUCUUAGUAGAGAACAAAAGAACAGGAAUGGAGGCAAGAUGUAUGUUCAGGAUAAGAUUGAGGAAUACAGUGAUGAGAUUUUCAAGCUGUUGGAUGGUGGAGCCCAUAUAUAUUUUUGCGGGCUUAAGGGAAUGAUGCCUGGGAUCCAAGAAACUCUUAAGAGGGUUGCAGACCAGAGAGGAGAGAACUGGGAAGAGAAGCUUGCACAGCUCAAAAAGAACAAGCAAUGGCAUGUUGAAGUCUAUUGAUCUUGCAUAACUGUGCAUCAAGAGAAUGCUGGAGCCUCUUCCUGUAAGGCAGUAUGGCAUUUGUUCUUUUCCUGGUCAGUUUAUCUUACUAAACAAGAAACUUGACUAGAAGUUGCCAUUCAUCUGUAUUAUUGUUAUUUUACUGAAAUAAAGACAAGUUAUUAUCUUGAUUGUGAAAA